GUUGUUUACCGCGCGCCACCCAGACGUCUGCCACUGAUCCGUCUCCAUUCUCCACUCCCACCACCGUCCCACGAAUACCGCCGCCCCCUUUCCGCGUCUCCUCCUCAUCCUCCUCCCUUCUCCCCGUUGUUGCCGUGGGGAUUGGAUUUCUCCACCUGCAGGAGGUCGCUCGAUCGCAAGAGCAGAGAUGGCGGCGGUGAGGGUGGACAAGGCCACCAACGAGCUGCUGCUGGGCCCCGACUGGACCCUCAACAUAGACAUCUGCGACGCCGUCAACUCCGAUCACGGGCAAGCAAAAGAGGUGAUUAAAGCUUUGAAAAAACGUCUUCAGCACAAGAAUGCGAAUGUUCAAUUUCUUGCUUUGACGCUUUUAGAGACUCUAAUAAAGAACUGUGGGGAUCACGUGCAUGUUCAAGUCAUAGAGCGCAAUAUACUGGAGGAAAUGAUGAAAAUUGUGAAGAAAAAGGCAGACAUGCAAGUGAGGGACAAAAUUCUAACACUCCUGGAUUCUUGGCAAGAAGCAUUUGGUGGGCCUGGUGGAAAGCACCCUCAUUAUUACUGGGCAUAUGCUGAAUUGAAGAGAUCUGGUGUGGAAUUUCCUAAGCGCUCACCUGAUGCUGCACCGAUAUUUACUCCUCCAGUCACACACCCAGCAUCUUUGCCAUCAUAUCUUCAAGCAGGGUAUGGAAUGCUAGUCAAUUCUUCAUCAAGGCUUGAUGUGGCAAUGUCAUCUAAUGGAGCUUCUCUGAGCAUGCUAGACUUGGAACGUAUGCUGGGAGCUGUGGAACUAUUAAGUGAGAUGCUGAGAGCUGUGGAUCCAAAUGAUCAUGAUGCUGUCAACGAUGAAAUUAUCACGGAACUUGUGAACCAAUGUAGGUCAGACCAAAAGAAGGUCUUGAGUUUGGUAAGUUCACUGAGGGAUGAGGAACUCUUGGGCCAAGCUCUUGACUUAAAUGAUAAAUUACAAAUUCUGCUUGAGAAACAUGAUGCAAUGGUAUCAGGAUCUCCUCUACCAGCCGAAGUAACAGAUGUGGUGAGUGAAUUGUCAGUAGGAACCACUCCAAACCUAGGCCAAGAAGUUGCUCCUACAGCUGCCGUUGCUCCAAAGAUAGUAUCAACCAAUGUUUUGAAUUAUGAGGAGGAAGAUGAAGACGACGAGUUCUCUCUGCUAGCUCGCAGGAACUCAAGAUUCAGACCCACAAACAGCGAGAACGCCUCUUCUAGUUUAGGCACAUCUUCGUCAACCAUCCAUGAGGGAAUACCAAGUUCAGAAGCUUCUGUUCCCUCUACAACUUCUUCAUCCAUUCCAAGCAAUGCAUUGUCUCCACCAGAUCCUCCAGCCCCCGUGAGGACUUCUCUAGAAGACCAGGUUAUGAGCGACCUUCUUGCACUCACCAUAUCCUCAAACUCAUCACCACCCUAUACCCCAGUAACACCUGAACCAGCCUUGAAUCAAGGUGGCUCAACAGUUAGUGGCUAUCCACAGCCUUAUCAUGUAAAUCAAGGACAUGCAUCUGCACAUUAUGUCGCUCCAUGGGCACAGCCUCAGUCUCAAACCGCAACCAUUCAGCAACAGACAUCAUCCCCGUCACAUUUGCCCUACAACUCAUUAGCUUACCCACCGCCACCAUGGGCCUCCCAUGACAGCAUCGAGUCGAACCCUUUUGUGGUAGCAUCGUCUCAGCAUCAGUCGAGCUCCAACUCGCCUAUUAACGUGCCACCAAACUUGAGACCCCUACAGCAAUCACAUUCUUUUGCAGUGCCACUUCGAACUGCAAGUUUAGACUCACCAAUAAAUCGGAACCUGAAGCAACCACUUUCUGCUGGGGCUCGCAGGCCAUCUUAUGUUUCUUCCAACAAGUUCUUCGAUGACUUGUUUGACAGAAAUUCAGAUGGUAGCCUGAAAUUAGGCAGUACAGUUGGCAGUAGCACGUCCAGUCCAUACAAGGCACAGUGAUGACUAUGGAAAAUAAAAUUUUGGCACAUAACAGGUAGUACCCGAAGUUGACGGUCGCCAUCACCGUGAGCAACCAGUAGAGGUUCUCCAGCUUUGACGCGUUCAUGUUGUUCGGCAGCCACGCCGUGGUGCGCCGGACGACGCCGACGAGGGCGGUGCUCAGGUAGAACCCGAGCGCGAUGAUCACGGCGACCAUGCCCGUGGACGUGUUCUUGAGCGACGGCGGGAACUCCUCGUAGUACAGUGUCACGCCCCCGGGGAAGUACAGCGCCUCGCCGGCGCCGGCCAGCGCGAGCGGCAGGACCAGCCACAUCGCGGACAGCGACGACACCCACGCCUGGUGGCCCUCCUCGCCGUGCGUGCGCACGGUCGCCAUGCGGUGGCGCUCGACGGCGGCGGACGCGGCGAGGCUGAGGAUUGCAAGCACGUGGCCCGCGCCGAUGCGUUGCAGCGGCGUCGGGGUGUGCUCGGUGAGGCGUCGCCAGAGCGGGAGGAGCGCGCGGUCGAGGAGGAUGAGGGAGAAGACGAUGGAAAUGAGGAUGACGACGCUCAUGGAGCCCGCCGGCACGGUGAAGCGGCCGAGGCCACGGUCCAUGGCGAGGGCCUGCAGGACGGUGAAGUUGAUCUGCGUGCCGAACGCGACGCUGAGGACGAUGGACGCGCUCCAGAGCGGCAGGAUGCGGACCACCGCCUUGAAGUCUUCCACUUCCUGCACCGUGCAGAUGCGCCACGGCCGGAACACGGACCCAUCCGCCGGAACGACAUCGCCGUCGGCGAUCAGUGCAGCGCGGUUCAGGAAGCUACGAUCGGGUGCAUAUGUCGAAGCAGAUAACACUAUCGUCAGUUUAGUCAAG